AUGCAGCUGUUGUUGUUGUGUACAUUCCCAUCACCAAUCUGUUCAGGAUCCUUCAUGGCUUGCCACACAAUUCCACUGGCCCCUCCAAGUGCUGCACACACACCAUCUCUGAAGAUGGGGCAACACUUGUCCAGAAGACUGCUCAAGGGAUAA